AUGCCGCACUUUCCGCCUCGUGUCUUCACCAGUCGCAUGGCCCUCGGCGGCGCCGCUUCUCUUUGCCCGCCGCGCAGUCUGUGCAGAUUCGCCUCGGCAGGCGCGCUCUCAUCUCCCGCUCGAUCUGCCCCGCAUGCGCCGGCAAUUCACGCGGCGUUCUCGCGGCGGAGUGCCGAGGAAAGGCAAGCCCCGAGUUUAAGCCGAAACGGAGGUGGCGACGAAGGCCGACACCUGAGCGCGUUUCUCGUUCCGAAACGCGACCGCACUCUGCAUGGGCACGGCCUCCUCGGUCUCUCGCACCCAGGCGCAGCGCACGCUCUUGCGUCUGUGGCGAGUGCGUGGAGAUCUGGGAGGUUUGUCAGCUCCAACGCCGGCGAGGGGAGACGCCCCGAGGCAGACCGCACACAGGGCACCGCUCCGGCUGCAGCCUCUCGCCCCACCCGCGAAGAGAUUGCCUCCCAGCAAAGAGGCAAUUACGAAGCAGAGAACAAGAACAACGAGAAGAACGAGGGGAACGAGAAGGCUCGAGUUGAAUCUGUGGAGGCGGGAAGGGAGGGCGGACGCAGCUUCAGACGAUGGUUCGCGCGUGUGUUUUAUUCCUCUCUCCUUCUCGUUGGAGGAGGCACUGCGUUUCUCUUCUUCAUGUUUCCGUCAGCUCCUCUGGACCUGAAAAACGGGGCCUUGUCCUCGAUUCUCCAAGCGGCUGCGGCGCUGCGAGGGCAAGCGAAGGAGACACCCGGAGAGGAGACAGGAGACGGGGCGGAGACAGCUUCGGGGGGGGGCGAGGCGCAGAAGGCCGAGAAGCGCUCGGCGUUCGCCUUUCUUUCGAAGAAGGAUCCUCUCGAGGGUUUCUCGCUCGUGACCGAUGCUGAAUUCGACUCCACUGACGAGGCGCUCGUCCUGUUUGUGGACGGCGAGACAGAGGCCGAAGCAGAAAGCGAGAACAUCCGGAAACUGCGAAGCCUCGUGCAACGCAUGCAACAGGACGGAAAACUCGGAAAAGAUCUCAGACUUUUCUACGCCUGGAGAACGCCUGGAAACUCUCCGUCUCGGGGCGAAGACACCGCCGUGAUGCUGUACAAAGGCCAGCGUCGGUCUCGGCACGCGCUCGCGUCUCUCGUGCGCGAAGGGGUCAACACCGGUGCGCGCUCGACGCCGGCGACUGGCGAAUCAGAGGGCGAGGCGAAGGCCGAAGAGCAGGGAGAAGAGGGGGAGGAAGAGAGUGGAGAGAAGAUUCUCGAGAUCUUCUUCACCCCGCUUAGCGAGAAGGAGAACACGACGCGGACGAAACGCGAGAAGGAAAAGCUCCUGCCUGUUCGCGUCGUCGGCUCCGCAUUCAAGCGAGAUGUUCGGGACGAAGCCAAGGCAGGCAACACGAUUCUUCUUCAACUCUUCGAAGACUCGUGUUUCCUCUGUUUCCUCAUGCGGCCGUUCCUCAACUCUGUCAGCAAACUGCUUGCCGAGUAUAACAUCCCGGUGGCGAUGAAGAGGCUGAACAUCGAGAAGAACGACUUCCCCGAGGGCUGCGUAGUUACUCGGGCCACGCCGACGUUUGUGCUGUAUCGAGGCGGGCAUGAGGAGGCCGAGAAGUGGACGGAAUUCCGACCUCGGGAUUUUAUUGAGAAACUGGAGAAGGAGUUCGAUCUGCCCGUGGAGCUGCGAGAGAAACUGCAUGCGCUCCUGGAUCGCCUUCAUGAGCGCUUCAAGCGCUUUGGUCUUCUCUCUGUCUGGUUGUUGGAAGUGCGCAAGAUGGAAGAAGCAUUUCUCGAGCAUCAACAGAGAAAUCAAGAGCGUGAGAGCCUCGAGCUCCACGCCCGCGGAGCGCCGUCUGCAGCCGGAGACAGCCAGGAAGGCAACAGCGAUGCGACAAAGACCGAGGAGAAGUCGAGGGAAAAGGAAGACAAGCAACGCGAAGACGGCAACUUCGACGCGAUUGUGUCGAUGCUCAUGAGUCAAGACAUGAAGCGCUACGAUGAUCUGGAGGAAAAUCUGGACCACUUAGAGCGCGAAGUCGCAAACGCUGAGGCAGAUGCCAUGGCGUUGGGCGUGAUGAUGGGGGAAGAAGUCGUUCGAGACGACGUUGAGCACCUCGCCGAAGCUUUGCUGGAGGCGGAGAGCCGCGCCGGGGAAGGCGCGUCUCCGGACGGGAGACCCCAACCGGAACGGCGCGGCUAG